GCAAAGUCCACUCCAAGAAGCUGAGGACUUUGGCCUCAUCCUGGGCUUCAAAAGGUCUUCCCUUUCGGCCCAAUUCUACUAAACUGGUUCAACUGGGCUUAGGCCUGUGAGCCACGCCCACCGCCGGGCACCAGGAAAGCAGUCGCGGCAUGGCGGCUGAGGAAUCAGAGCUUGGCUCUCCGUCGACGGCGCCGCCGCCGCCGCCGAAGAGGCAGAAGAUCGAACCGCCCAGGAGAAGGGCAUAUCUUAACUUGCCUGUAUUCACAAAAGGAAAACAUAGCGCAGUCCAAUUCAUGUUCUGCAGAUCCUUCACCGACAGCUAUGCCAAUCCAAAUAGGAACAGGCCUUCUCAAGUUGCCCUUGAUAAGGACAAGUUGGCAGCAUCUUCCAAUUCAUUGGUUUCAGGUGCGCUACUAGCGAGAGUGGAUCUCAACAAAGCUAGAGAGGCGAAGAGAUUUGCUGUCCUUCAAGCACAGCAUGAGGGAUACCUUGGAAGCUAUAAAAGCUUCGAUUCUCUCUUCGGAAAUUACCUUGUUCCUGUCAUCCCAGGUAGUGACUUCUUUGAGCAAAUUACGAAGAAAUGCUGAGCAAGAAGUGCGUUUGCCACGUCUGUGAACUGUGAAAAGGAUGACUUCGUAAUACCGCCAUUUCAGGAUCCAGGCCGAUACGUAUAUACUAAGUUACUGUUCAGACUUUACAACGAUUAAGUUGCAUGUACUGUUGUAAAUAGGCCUAACUUGCAAGAUCGCCAGAGUCGAAAAAGGUAAUACAUUACCUGCCUGAAGCUGGAGAUAUGGUGGUGAAAAAGCUUUGCAUUGUGGCAAGCAUUUCUUUCUGCGUAGUGGGAAUUU